AUGUAUGUGAAAUGGUUUGAUACAGGAAUGUUAUACUAUGUGAUUUUAGUGAUUUUAGUGAAUGUCACUUUUUGUCAUUUUUGAAUUUCCCGCCGUUCCGUCCCCCGUACGUCCCGACGCUCACAGGGGACGGAACCCAGAUGACAGAUGCUGUCAUCCGCCGGAUUACAUUGUCGGGGACACUGCAGGAGGGACAUCGUGGGAGCGCAGGACAAGGUAAGUGAUACAGGGAUCGUGGAGCAGCGCCGCAUGGUAUUCCCGAGUGUAGCUCGGGGUUACCGCUUGUGCUACACUCGGGAAUACCGCCAGGGAGGUUAAG